AUGCCUGCUAGAAGAGUCUGGCUUGUGGGAUCUGCAUACGAAGCAGGGAAGGCCAGAAUUACAGAUGGAAUCGAUGAAAAGAUAGCACUGCCAGAAUCUAUCAACAACAUCAAUAGAAGUUUCAUCCACAAGUAUCAAACUUCCUCCCCUUCGUACUCCAGCAGGAGUUCCUCAAAGCUUAAUCAAUCCAUGGAAGAAGGGGCAUUGUUGACACGGUCAAAGUUGCACGGAUUUACAAGCAACAAGCAGUGGAGUCCUCAUUUAUUCAGUGGAGAUGCUGAAGAACCAAUUGCUUGUUUCAGAACUAAAGUGGAAACUCCACUACAUGGCUGUGACAGCUAUGCCUAUACUCUUUUGGCAUUUGGUUACAUGAAUCUUCUUAUAGAAUCUGCUGGAGACAAGCAAAUUUACCAACAUUUUAUUGCUGCAUCUGCUAUUUCUUAUAUGCAAUCUCAAACAUGGAGCUCUUUUUCUGUCAAAACUUCAAAGGCUGAUCCUAUGAAGGACUCACUGGAUAGGUGCAUGGAAGCUAGAGACAAUGCCAACAAAAUGAGCCUAGAAAUAGUUUCACCAGUGGCAACUACCAAUGCUGAUCCUAUGAAGGACUCACUGCAUGGGUGCACGGAAGCUAGAGACAAUGCCAACAAAAUGAGCUUAGAAAUAGUUUCACCAGUGGCAACUACCAAUGCUGAUACAGUAGUGAUUGCAGCGAAGGAGGUUCAUCUAACACUGGAUUACAACAGUGGAGAAGUAAGCGUUGAAUGUGUGUAUAGUGACUUUGACCUUGAGGACAAGGUGGGUUCCCCCUCAAGAUGUGGCAGGACUCUUCAACCGAGAUUUCUUGAGUCAACCAAAGAAAAGAGGGAUGAUAAUGUGGAGAUCUAUGAAGGCAGCUAUUUGCUAGGUGGAGGAGCAAUCAGAAAUUCUGAAAGGAGGGUAUUGGCUUUGUUCUCAGGACUGAUUGGCAUUGGCAAUUCAAUAAAAGCUGAGUUAUUGGCACUGUUACAAGGGCUGAAACUAGUUAAGCAGCUACGACUUAGGCAUAUUGAGGUAGAGGGGGACUCUAAGGUGAUCAUCUCUUGGGCUACAAACAAUAGAAUUACUCCGUGGACCUUCAAACAUGUGAUCAAGGAAGUGGAAAAGAUUGCAAAGGAGCAUUUCCAGGAUGUUUAUAAGACAAGUAUUUCUUCUAAAAUUUCUGGGGUCGUUCAAGGUCUCAAUGCAGCUAUUUUCGCAUAUGGUUCAACUGGAAGUGGUAAAACAUACACAAUGGUUGGAACCGAAGGUGAUUCUGGACUCAUGGUUCUCAGCUUGCAUACAAUUUUUGAUCUUAUCAAAAGCGACACUAGUUCUGACGACUUUGAAGUUACUUGUUCCUACCUUGAAGUCUACAAUGAAGUCAUCUAUGAUUUGCUUGAAAAGUCAUCAGGUCAUUUGGAGCUUCGGGAGGAUCCACAGGAAGGAAUUGUUGUUGCUGGCCUUAGGUGUAUUAAGGUCCAUUCAGCUGAUAAGAUUCUUGAACUUUUAAAUUUAGGAAACAGUAGGCGGAAGAUGGAAAGCACAGAUGCCAAUGCAACAUCUUCACGUUCACAUGCUGUUUUAGAGAUUACUGUAAGAAGGAAACAAAGAAAUCAAUACAGGAACCAUAUUGUCUGUGGAAAACUUGCACUAGUUGAUCUUGCUGGCAGUGAACGAGCUUCUGAGACAAACUGCAGAGGUCAAAAGCUGAGGGAUGGUGCCAAUAUUAACCGUUCACUUCUUGCUUUGGCAAACUGCAUUAAUGCUCUGGGGAAACAACGGAAGAAGGGUCUGGCAUAUGUCCCUUAUCGCAAUAGCAAGCUGACACGGAUUCUUAAAGAUGGUCUAAGUGGUAAUUCACAAACUAUCAUGAUUGCAACAAUAUCACCUGCUAAUAACCAGUAUCACCAUACUGUGAAUACUCUGAAAUAUGCUGACCGAGCUAAGGAGAUCAAGACACACAUCCAGACAAAUAUUGGCACUGUUGAUAUCCAUGUUGCAGAUUAUCAGAAAAUGAUUGAUAGUCUUCAGAUUGAAGUUUUCCGGCUGAAAAAGGAAUUAGCAGAAAAAGAAUCAAAACUAAGUGUAAAACCGAAUGAAAAAGCAAUUGAUGAUCAACUCUCUUGGUUGGAUGUUUUGAGCCGUGAAACCAAUGAAAGCGUACAGGAACGGAUAAACUUGCAGAAGGCUUUAUUUGAGCUUGAAGAAAUUAAUCUUCGUAACCGCAUUGAGCUCCAGCAUCUAGAUGAUAAAAUUACAAAUGAACAGGCCAUAGGAAAGGAUGGGACAAUUUUACAAGCUUUAAGAGAAAGGAGACAAGUCAUUCUUGAUAACAUCCGUGAUAAUGAUGAGGCAGGGGCCAGCUAUCAAAAGGAAAUUGAAGCAAAUGAGAAGCACUUCUGCCAACUUCAAGAUAUGAUAGAGAAAGCCAUUAGUAAUAAUAGUAACAAAACCUACUUGCAUAUUCUCAAUCAGUACAGGCUGUUGGAAAUGGCCAACACUGAGCUCCAGUUUGAAAUGGCAAUACGAGAUCAAGUGAUUCACAACCAACGGGAAAUGCAGAGGAACCUGUGGAACCUGAUCAUGGGGUUAGGAAUUGAUGAGAGACAGAUAAUGAAGCUUGCUUUUGAGCAAGGAAUAACAAUAGAAGAUUGGACGGUGACACCCCUUUGGGGGCUAUCCAGUAUGAAGUAGUGUCUUACUUCAGGAUGCAGUAGUUCACUUUUGUGUUCUUGUCCUGGCAUCAGAAAGUCUUGCUAUUCAACAUCUUGCAUCUUCCAACAAAACCAAUAUAUUGGUGUUUGGUCAUGUUUCAAGGAGCACUCUAACUGUGCUCAUACUGUGUGUAGGGAUGAGCACCAUUGCUCCUAGUCAAGGUUUAAAAUGUCGAUGUCGGUGGAAAUAUCGUCACCCAAAUAUAGGAGACAUGUAGAGAUAUCGUAUGGAAAUAUUGUAAAAAUUAUAGACAUGGUGGAAACAUUGUAAAAUAUGCAAAAUACAGAUUGAUAUUUUAUGCAAUUACUAAAGAAGCAUAGGUACAAUUUUUUAAAUUAUUAUCCUGUUCCAAAUCAUUAAACAAAGCUAAGAAACUAAGGCCAUAGGCAAAAGAAUAUGUGAAGUUGUCCUCUAAACCUUAAGA